AUGUAUGCCAUGUAGUGUUAGAUUGCCAGAUUUAGCUUAGUGCUUAGCUGAUUAUCGGUUGUUGUAGUUUACCAUUUGCUUCUGAACUGAUAAGGAAGCAAUCAAACAAGCUUCGUCGAUCGCCCUGAUUUUGCGAUAAAAUCAAAUCAAUCCUACAACAACAUGCAGAGCAGCGAGGCGCUUCGUACAGGUGAUCAGUGUCGCCAUCGUUUUCGAUGCCUACUUUGUUCGGAUACGAACAUAUUUUGCGAUUGUUACGCGCACUGCCAUAAAGAUCACCCGAAGCAACCGCUAGUGACGGACGAUCAUUUACUCAGCCAGUACGGAUCCAAAACGGACUAUUCAGAAUACUCGGAGAUCAGCGUGUUCAACUGUCCCUACUGCGACAAGCAAAAGCUCAGCGUGGGGACACUUUACGAUCACAUCACUCUCGAACAUUUGGAUGUCCCAUUUAACGUGCGUUGUCCGAUCUGCGUGUGCUUCGGAUCGAACAAUUCGUUGAUCGAAGGCAUUCACCUGUCCAAGCACAUAGUAGACGAUCACAGCGUUACCAUGGAGCAGUACCACGAACAGAUACUGAUCUACGACACCCACUGCUACGAUGAGAGGGAGUUGCUCAUUUUUCUCGCAUCCACGUUGCCUCCGACUUACCACGGUGGGGAAGACUACGAGGUGGAAUCGGAAAUCGUAGCAACCAGAGCACCGUCACAAGCAGCAACCUCGACCGCUGGGUUGCUGCGAUCGCCGAUGCCUCAGGCGGCCUCAUCAAAUGCCCCCCGGACGAUUGCGAGUACCUGUGCGAUUUGUUUGGACAUGGUGCUGACGGCCCGGACUCUGCCCUGCCAGCACAAGUUCCACGCGGCCUGUAUCGAUCUGUGGUUGCAGCAGAGUGCAACCUGUCCGAUUUGCAGGAAACCUACCUAGUGGCGAGAGAGCUGUAGGGGUAAAUUUUAGUUUAAAGCGAUUAUUGUUCUAAUGAUCAAAAGCAAAAGUGCAAAGAACAUUGAUGAAUUAAAAAGCUGUUUUCAUAAGUUUUGCUUUAUUUUACGACAAAUUAUCGAUUGUAAUUUUUGAAAGAUCCUUCCUUCACAGGUUAAAAAUUAGAUACCGUAAAAUCGAGUAAAAUUGUUAAUUGUGUCAUACGAUCUCAUUUACAAAUAAAUUACAACUUUCAAUGUAA